AUGUUAAAGGAUUUAGUCGCAACUGGACGUUAUGAUACAAGUGAUGAUUUCACUGUUGUUAUACAACCAUUUCUCACAGAAACAAAAAUACCGCGUACAGAUAAACCCGGUAAUCCAAUUGAUUUCAGCUACUUUGCACCCGACUGCUUCCAUUUCAGCGGAAAAGGUCAUUCUAUAACAGCAUUGUCUCUAUGGAACAACAUGUUAGAGCCAGUUGAACAAAAGCAAACAUUUUGGCAUAAAGGUGAAGCAUUAGAAUGUCCAACAGAAGAACACCCUUAUUUUUUCACAUCGAAAAAUAGUGUAGGUGUAAGCAAAUGGAAAAAGACAACAAAUUUCCCCGUUAAGGAAUCAGCGGUCCCAUUCGUUUCCGGAAAAAUAUCAUCAACUCGUCAAAAACCGAACACAAUUUCUUCAACGGUUCAUUCACGAACCAGACAUCAUAAACAUCACCAAAAAAAUGAUGAAUUAUCAUUUAAUUAUAAACAAAAGUUAAUGUUAAUCACUGGAAUUGGUCUUAUUUCAAUGUUCAUCUUAAUUCUUGCCUGUGGAAUCCGAAAACGACAAAAUAUUAAUUUAUUUAUCAAUGGUGACAAAUUAUCAUGGAAAAAUCCUCAAAAUUCAAUGCAAAUAAUGAAAUAG